GAUCAACUGACCACGUAGGCAUCAUGGAGAAGCUCGCCGUCGAAACAUUGCAACAAAUCUUCGAGCGCGCGUGUACUGACGGCGGAUACACCGGGUGCUCUCUUUCCCUCACCUCCACGUCGAUCCGCGAAGUGGCGCGGCCCGUUCGGUUCUUCUCCGUUGCACUCACAGCCGAGACCUACAGCGUCAAUGCAUUCCUCGAGCUUUAUAACAAGGAGUGUUCUGUCGCUAGUGGGGCUCGACCGAAGCUCGCACACCUGUGUUUCUCUGACAUCAAAGAAGACGCCGCAGACAUUUCAACUAACGAUGACCCCGAGAGUUGGGAUGCAAUUGAGGCGGAACAUGAUCGUGUUCUCCUGGCUACCCGAACGCUGCUCACCCUCGUCGGAGACGGCUUAAAGUCCCUUGUCAUCGAUCACACCUUCGUGGAACCCGGCAGGCCCCUCGCCGACCGACAGUUCCCCUCCUUACGGGAACUCACCUUCCUUUGGUAUCGCUGCCCAUGCGCGCUCGAAUUUCGUCCGAGCGUACCUCCGCUCUUCCCUGCCCUGGCGCGUCUGCAUGUAGUUGCAGGAGACGAGAUAUGGAACAAGCCCCUCAUCUUGCAAUGGGCCCCGCAUGCGCCGCACCUCACGCACCUGCGCAUCUCUGCCCACCGUCUGUCUGACACAUUUCUCGACGAGCUUUCAGGUAUCGUGAAGGCCGCCUCUCCCUCCAGACACGGCCCCCUAGACACGGGCGUCGACGUCCGGGUCCCACCUGCUAAGCGCACAUUCCCGAGCCUUGUCCGCGUGGUGGUGCAGCCGGGUCCCAGACCGGUGAAGGGCUCGUGUGGGACGAGCAGGUUGGCGUUCACCUCCAGGAUUGGGAAAAUGUACGGGAUCGCCGACGAGGUGACGCAGGCGGGCGUCGAGAUGUUCGCACUGUCUCCUUGCGGAUGGUCGAAGCGCCGAUGGGGCGAGGAGAUACUUGUGGAGUGGAUGAAGACGAUCGGUGGUGGGGAUGGGCGCGACUGGUUCUCCAACGAGGAGACCUCGUAGUCCGAGUAUGAGGCCAAAGGAUCGGAGACCUAGUCGAAGAGCGUGGCUUCACGGGACAUGAUGCAAGGACGGCGGUCGCCCUUAGCAUGAAAUCGCCGGUGUGCGUAUACGCCCGGCGGUGAGCGGGAGUACAGACUCUCUUUUAUCCUGCCUUUCGGCGUAACGGCUUCGACGAGCUCGUUCUAGCCACGUUACACAUAGCAAGAAGUGAAUAUUUGUACUGCUCUAACCCACAUCUUUGGGAAAGUUGACGAUAUUGGGUAUAAAG